AUGGGGAGCUCGAGUGGGCUGCCGACCAAGGAAGCGAACGUGCUGAAGGGGCACGAGGGGGCAGUGCUGGCGGUGCGCUUCAACGGAGACGGCAACUACUGCCUCUCCUGCGGCAAGGACCGAACCCUCCGCCUCUGGAAUCCCCACCGAGGCAUCCACAUCAAGACCUACACCUCCCACGGCCGCGAGGUCCGCGACGUCCACGUCACCAGGUACGUACCACCCUCCGGAUCCUCCCAUCUAGGGUUCCCGGAGGGGGAGGGGGAAGGGAUUCUCCUCAUUGAUUCACGAUCUUCUCUCUGUUCCUCCCUCGCAGCGACAAUGCGAAGCUCUGUUCCUGCGGCGGCGACCGGCAGAUCUUCUACUGGGACGUCUCCACAGGGCGCGUCAUACGGAAGUUCCGCGGCCACGACAGCGAGGUAAUCCAUUCCUGCCGUGGGCAUCUGUGCUUUUGGGCAUUGGCAUCUUCCUUCACCUUCCUGCUUCCGAGACGGUAGUUGAAUCUGACAAAUGAUCAUCGUCGUACACCGAUUAUGGCUCUUUUACCACGACGGGAAUUUCUCCAAAAAUUCUUGUCAAUUUUCUUCUUUCGAUGGCCACCUCCCAAGAUGGUUGGCCUACUCAUGAGAUAUAGUCGGGGAUUCAAACGUCUGUGGAAUUCAAAAUGGGGAGGUGACUGUAUCGGCAACUUCAAGGCUUCAGCUUUGAGAUUUCUCCCUCUGCCUCUCCCUCUCCCUCUCUCUUCCCACAUCCCUCCCUCGCUCCCUGCCUGAACACUGAUUGGGAUAUUAGUCUCCGUCUUCUAAUUUUAACUAAUGGGAUGCUUUUGAAAACUUUGUUGCUCAUUAAAAUGGUGACUUUUUUUUUUGUAGAUUAUGGUAGGAUAUUUCUUUGUCUUUGUGAUUUAUUUAUUUUUAAUUGAAUGUUUUUUCUUAUUUUGUGGAAAGAUACGUCGUAUUUUUAUUUAUUUUUUACAAACCAUCAGCCCUAACGAAUCCUCAGUUACACUGCGGAGCCGCUACCUGCAGAAAAUUUCAUGACAGACACAGAAUCAUCCACCAUCAAUCAGAGAUAUCUGGAAAAUGGAUUUCUUUCAGUAACGAAUUUAUUUAUUAGAAACGGGUUCUAAAAAGCAUCCCUUAAUCUAUUUACAUAUUAAUUGCCUAGCUAUUAACGUGGGUUUCUGUACGCACUCAUGUUGAAGAUUUUAUUGCAUUGCAGGUGAAUUCUGUAAAGUUUAAUGAGUAUGGAUCAGUGGUAGUAUCAGCAGGGUAUGAUCGUUCAGUGCGUGCAUGGGACUGUAGAUCUCAAAGCACGGAGCCGAUCCAGGUGGGGGGCUUUUUAUAAUUUUCUGAUCGUGAUCAGUCCUAAGUUGAUUGACUUAAUCGUGAUUUCUCCAUAAAGUUCUCUUACUGCAGAUUGUGGAUACAUUCUUAGACAGCGUGAUGUCCAUAUGGCUGACAAAGACUGAGAUUAUUGCUGGAAGCGUUGACGGAACUGUGCGCACAUUUGAUAUUCGUAUAGGAAGGUAUAUUGGCUGUUCAUGGCAGCAUUUUUAAUGGGCGUCUUCUUAUUUAAUAAAUAAAAAUAAAAUCAAUUAUUUUGAUUCUUCGGAUUAGAGAACUGGUUGAUGACCUGGGUCAGCCUGUCAACUGCAUUUCGUUGUCGAACGAUGGCAAUUGUGUGUUAGCCGGCUGUCUGGAUUCCACCUUACGUCUUCUAGACCGGUAAAUUUCUCUUGAUUUUCUCUAUCUACAUCAAACCUUGUUCAUCUGCCUAUUUAUUUUUAAUUUUAAUGGCAGGACCACUGGGGAGCUCUUGCAAGAGUACAAGGGUCACACCUGCAAGGUAUGCUGGCAGUUUGGAUCGUGCUCAUCUUGAUGCUCUCCUUCUAUUCGCUGAAAGAAAUAAUAUUUAGUAUCUAUAAGUCGGAUCACAUCCCCAUCCUCAUCGUCAUCAUCAUAGGCCAUGCAAACUCUGACAUAAUCUUGAAAAACAUAUUUUCAAGGAAUUUCAGACAAAAAGUUUCUAAAAGUAGAGUAUCUGGAACAGGGGAGUCACAUCAGAAGCUGUUUGAGAUCCCAUCUGAGAGAAGCAGAUGAGAAAAAGAUGGCAACGCAGUGUGCUAGCAUCCUGUUUUUGGAUCAAACACCUGAAUCUCGGCUCAGAUUUCUUACCAUCAUGCAUAGCACUAUAUAAUAUUUCUUAUGCUUUUGCCACCUUCAAGAGAAGAACAUGCAGAUGGCAACGCAGUGUGGUGCUAGUAUCCUGUUUCUGGAUCGAGCACCUGAAUCUCGGCUCAGAUUUCUUACCCAUCAUGCAUAGCACUAGAUAAUCUUAGACAGCAUCUCCUUCUUGUGCUUUUGCCAACUUCAAGUGAAGAACAUCUCCAGACUUGCUCAUGGGCCAGGAGCUCUUGGCCCCUCUCAGAUAUCCGUCUUUGUACCUGCAGCCCAGCAUCCGAUGAACACCACCCAUGCGAUGAAACCAGUCCACAUUCCCCGCCUUCUCGUUCUUUCUAUUUUUAGUGCAUUGUUAUCAUUCCCUGCCCCAAAGUUCCAAGCUUUCAUUGCCCGUUAUCAUCUUGCAGUCGUAUAAGAUGGAUUGCUGCCUAACCAACACCGAUGCGCACGUUGCCGGCGGGUCGGAGGACGGCUACAUCUUCUUCUGGGAUCUGGUGGAAGCAUCUGUGGUGUCGAAGUUCCGAGCUCAUGGCUCCGUGGUAAGCAAACGACGACGAACUGUGCAUCUCUGUUCUUCACAACUUUUAUCGAUCUGCUGAGCUCAGAUGAUAUUAGGGCUGGGAUUCCUAGUGAUUCUUCCUUCAUCGUUUCGGUCUUGGGGGGUUAUUGUGAUAUGGGGCUAGUUUUCUUGGGGGAUUUGAUUUGUUUGUUGUUCUUGAGGGAUCAGGGAAACGGCUGACGGAGAUGUUCUCUGGGCAGGUGACCAGCGUCGCCUACCAUCCCAAGGACAGCUGCAUGCUGACGUCCUCUGUUGAUGGCACCGUUAAGGUUUGGAAGAGCUGA